CCAAAUCAUCAGUCCUCAUUCUGCUGGAUCUAUCUGCCGCGUUUGACACUGUCAAUCAUCAGAUACUCCUCUCCACUCUCUCAUCACUGGGCAUCGCUGGAAUUCCACUUCGCUGGUUUGAAUCCUAUCUCACUGAUGAUCCAACGGUAGCUGCAAGGAUCUCAGGUUGCCUGUCAGACAUCUCGGCAUGGAUGAAAGAACAUCACCUCCAGCUCAACCUGGCAAAGACUGAGCUUCUUGUCUUUCCUGCCGCUCCAACUCUACAGCAUGACAUCACGAUCAACAAUUACCCCAUCAACUUCGGUCAGAAAUCUUGGUGUAAUCUUUGAUGACCAGCUGACCUUCAAAGACCACAUUGCAAAGACUGCUCGAUCUUGCAGGUUUGCACUACACAACAUCAGAAAGAUCAGGCCCUUUCUGACGGAGCAUGCUGCACAACUUCUUGUCCAGGCCCUUGUCAUUUCUAGGCUGGACUACUGCAAUGCUCUUCUGGCUGGACUUCCAUCAAACACAGUCAAACCUCUACAAAUGAUUCAAAAUGCGGCGGCACGACUGGUCUUCAAGGAACCCAAAAGAGCCCAUGUUACACCUCUCUUUAUCUCAUUGCAUUGGCUACCAAUCGCAGCUCGCAUCAAGUUCAAGACACUGAUGCUUGCUCAUAGAACAACCACAGGCUCAGCACCCGCCUACAUGCACUCACUAUUAAGAAUCUACAUCCCCUCCAGAAGUCUGAGAUCUGCUAGUGAGCGACGCCUCGUGGUACCAUCACAAAGAGGCUCAAAAUCACUCUCCAGAACAUUCUCGUUCACCAUUCCUGGCUGGUGGAAUGAUCUUCCCACCCAUAUUCGGAGUACUGGAUCCCUGUCAAUCUUCAAGCAACAGCUGAAAACUCAUCUCUUUCGACACUACUUGACUUUCUCCUUACUUAUUCCUUCCCUUGCUAGCUUGUACUUAUUUAAACAAUGCCUGAGACUUGGUAUUACAAGCACUUCCUUUGUCGAAUUGCCUCUUCAAGAUGAAUCGCUUCAUGUGUUCCCCAAAUUGUUCCACCUGAGAGCCGGGACUGUCGAAUAGUAAGGUGAGUCCAUUUUUUUUGUUUGUUUGUUUUUUUAGUUUUCAGUGGAGUUUGAGUUAUUCAAGCUAUUUGAAUGCCACAAUUUAUAAUUGAGUAUUGAUAACAAUGAGUGCCUGAUAAUGUUACAACUUGUGCUGUUCAAAACAUACUGUUUGUUGGGGCCGAUUGAGGCUUGCAGCUUUCUGGAGAAAUGCUCCUUCAAAUAACUUCACACUCAUCCUGAACAAAAUACCUGUUAUGACAGUCAUAGUCAUCUAGCAAUGCUAUAUAGUCUGUGUGUCAUUUGGGUACAAACCCUUUUUCAUCUCAAGUCGGUGAUUAAAGGAAGUGUGUAUGACACUGAUGUCACAUGCACUAAUUUCCACAGUGGAGCAUGUUAAUAAACUGUGACUCUUAUGUGUAAGGCUUAAACAUUGCCUUCCUUGCUUUGUAAUACUAAAUGAAACAAAUACAUUCAUAACAUAUCUGUGUAAUAUGCAAUUAGUUGUGUAUUUUUUAAUAUAUAAAACAGGUGGCACAGGUUCUCCUUGCUUUUCUUCUGUUAUAUCAGUUAUUAUACUUCACAC